UCCAAUUGUAAUUUUUCAAAAUGGCGGUGGUGUGAGCACAAAGUCGCCGCGCUGUAGCAUCCGUUAUGUACAUUGACUAGUUUAUAGAUUUAUCCAAACUAAUAACCAAUAAAUAUACCAUCCCAGUUACACUCACAGCUAGGCCGAUAAAUAAAUCAUUAAACUAAUUAAUUAAUGUGAUGAAGUGACAAAUAAAUGUGUGUUAAAAUAAUAAAUUCACGAUGACGUGGAACGCAACAACGAAGGUGACACCCGAGAGCUCGGUGUGGUGUAUGAGAACGUAUGGCAGAGACUAGAGAGGAAAGGAUAAGAAGAGGCUUCAACGAGGUGCCCCUCCGAUUCCGAUUGGAUGUGCCAUCGCAAGCGUGAGAAAAAUCCAAAGAGCAAAUGUGCAAUUAGUCACUGAAUCAUAAUAACUACAAAUCAGUCCCCCGUCAAAUCCUCCAAACUCAGUCACAGGAAUUCACUGGUAGAAUACCCCACCCCCACCAAAUGAUUUCCUGACAUGAUGGAAAGCAAGUUGUACGUGAAGAAUGAGCCAGGAAUUGAAGCACCAACGAGCCACCUGACCUCACUCCAGCACCAGUUAUCUCAGGAUGAUCACAGUGGUCGUGUCUGUUUUGUAUGUGGUACGCUGGGUAACAGUGAUCAGUACUGGUUGAGAGUCAAGCCAACACCAGGUGGACCACCGUCAGAGCCUUAUUUUCCAUUUUUAGAAUCACACGAGCCACCAAUUGGUUAUCGUGGUGAGAGUGCACGAAGUGGCGCUGUUAGAUCAUGCAGUUUGUGUUAUGCACUGCUGUUGCAACAAUGGGAAAGCUUCGAGAGAGAGGCAAAGCCCCAUGGCCAGAGAAUAUACUGGAUGAAACGUUGCGAUGGUGGUCCCUAUACUGGUGCAGAAAUGACACUUCAGGGAGAAUAUGCAGCACAAGUCAUUGGUUUGACUAAUGAAACUGCUAUUCCGGCGAAACAGGAGGGAUCGAGACCACUUGGUAUAUCACCAAGAUUGCCCCAAAAUUCACCAUCACCAAGGGCUGAACAAACACGACCACCGUCUAGCUCUGAUGCCAGAGUCAAUCAGGACAAUGCCAGACAUAUUGAGCAGGUUAGAUUGACUAUGGAGUCGCCACAUCAGAGACUGCAGAGUCCUAGAAAUGCUGGUGAGGAGAAUAGGGGAAGUAAUGAGGCUGCUCUGGAUCUCAGGCAUGCACCCAGAAGCUCUCCUGCACCACAGCCUGCUAAUUUACAGUCCCAGGCACAAGCCAUGUACAGUGGGGGGUCGUCUUCUAGUGCUGGCACUGAUAUCCUUGAUUUAUCAAUGCCGGAUAAGAAUUCAGUCACCGAAGUUUGUUACGUUUGUGGUGAUGAAUUUAAAAGAGGUUCGUUGAGUCAUAUCGCAGCUAAACUACUGCCAACACCACCUCAUCCAUCCAGCAGUUCUCCACCAUUUUUUCCAUCGUUGAUACUGCAUCCUAGACCAAGCAGAAGUCGGCCCAUGGAUUCUGCUGGUCGAGUUCAGGCUUGCUCAGCAUGUCAAAAUCACUUGUUACUCCAGUGGAAGGCGUACACACGUCAGGGUACGCCUCACGGUGAUCGCAAUUACACACUUCGCAAACGUCAGGUACCAACAGUUGAGCCAGCGACAUUUGUAUGUUACACAUGUGCAUUGGAGUAUCCUUCGUCCAGUAUUAGACUGUUGUACUGCUGUCCAAAUCCCGAGAAAGAAGCGUACUUUCCCUUUAUAUGUUCAUUAAGACCACCACCAGGAGCUAGUCCCAUUAGUCCUCAGGGGAUGGUACAAGUUUGUUCCAUCUGUUACAAAGCCAUACCACAGAAACAACAGGUUUUUGGAAGUGAAAAUAACGAAGUACAACCACCAACUCAGAGUGUUGAGUUUCGUCAGCAAGGCCCAUCCCCAAGGCCAGUAGUUGCUAAAUCCCCGGCUAAUUCAGCUGGCAGUGAUAUUCGUUUCAAACCGUACGACUUGAACAAAUCCAGUGGUGUAGCGUCUAAGUCGAGGAGUGCCAAUGUCAAAAUACAAAGUUCAGGUCAGAGAAAUUCACCGAGUAGCAGUGGGGCACCAGCAGAGAAUGGAAAUGUCUCAUCUGGUCAGAAUUACAGGUGUUACAUCUGUGAGAGACUCUAUCCAAGAGCUCAAAUGGAGUGGCUGUCAACAAGCCCAGAAGGUAUGAAUUCCCACGCAAUGCACUUUCCCUGUCUCCGUGGUAUGGCCCGAACGUCCGAGAACGCUUGCAUGGACAGUCACGGUAGAGUUCUAGCUUGCAGCCACUGUGUCAAUCACUUGGCCCAACAAUGGGAGAAUAUGGAUGCCGAGAGAGUCCCCCUGGAGCGUCGUAGAUACGAUAUACCUAGUCCACAUCCCAAUGGGGAUGUCAAUCGUUCAAUAGCAACACCACCAAGUUCAAGUUCAGACAGAACAUUUGCCAGCAAUCCAGGCACAUCAAGCAGUUCAAUAUACUGUUUUCUCUGUGGUCUUCACAGUGAUCUCACACUCGCUCGGGUACUUUAUGGACGUCCACAGGGCCGCAAUGCACCAUUUUUUCCUGAAUUACUUCGCCACCAGUCACCAACAAAUGCUGAACAACUCAGGGAGGACGGUUCAGCCCUUGUAUGUACAUUUUGUUAUCACUCACUUCUCGCUCAGUGGAGAAAAUAUGAAUCACUCACUGCUGGACAACAAAUCACUGCUAAUGAGAGACAAUACAAUACCCAUGAUUAUUGGUGCUAUGUCUGUGGAAUAACGACAUAUCGAAAAAGGGUGAGAGCACUCCCUGUCAAGGAUUUUCCAUUCUUGAGGUAUCACAGACAACCUGAGAAGAGUUUGCUGUUGGAGAAUGGGGAUUUCGCUGUUGUUUGUCUUGAUUGUUAUGAAACACUCAGGACGCAGAGCUUAGAGUAUGAGAGGUGGGGAUUACCUAUUGAGAAGAGGGAGUACAACUGGAUUGUACAGCCUCCACCACCUGAGGACAGCCCUGAUGCAUCUAUUGCCAGGUUACCAUCCGGAGAACGUUCUGAGAAAGUGGUGCCACCGACUCUGACAGCUCGACCCGCCCGUAAAAAUUGUUCACCAAAGGCUCCGGACAAGAAAGCACCGCAGAAACUACCCGAAAAGGAGCAACCAGGUCUUCAACCGGCAAGCACAAAAGCUCAGCCAACGACAAUCGGCAAAUCCCACCGUCCAAAUACCGGUGUAUUACCGCAGGGUCACACACCGGGACCUGGACCAGGACCAGGUGGACAACAAAACAGUAGAAGUUUUGCCGCUGCACUCAGGAACCUUGCCAAGCAGGCAGGACCGGCUCCUCAGGAUGAAGAGCCUCGUGCGAGUCCUAAGAAUCGACCGCCACCACCUCUUGUACGUGGACCCUCACCCGCCAAGGAGCCUUCGACGCAUGAGAGACGACCCGAGGAAAUGCCGUCAAUGUACACAACAGCGAGAGCACCGGAGAACAGCAAGCACAUUGUAACAUCCGCGGCAUCGGAAUUACUGGCCCGCUCUGGUUUCCAACCGUAUCGGCCGGAGCACCAUCCGACCCAACCACCCCCAGCAUUUGCGCUAGAUCCAGCAGCUUACAGUCCUUAUCACCACGGCCUCUAUCCACCGCCACACCUCCAGCACGCUUAUAGAUUAGAGGAACAGUUGUAUCUGGAGAGGGUCGGAAUGCUGAGGCCACCUUUAUUUCCGGGAAUGCCCACCUAUCCACUCUAUGGGCUCAGAUACAGUCCCGAAAUGUUACCACCGGCAUCACUUGGGCUCAUGUCUCCUGUUAUGCACGAAAGGCUGAAGAUGGAAGAGGAGCAUCGACUGAGACAAGUACGUGAGCAAGCAGCACUGAGAGACGAGGAAGAAAGGAGAAGAGCAGUGCGUAAUUCUGCAUCAGCAGGACCAACACCAGCUUCUGCCUCAGCUGAUACAGCAGCUAGGAAGCCGCCUAUAGUGGCUCAGUUGCACCCAGAGAGGGAGUCUCACCGUUCCACCGCAACGUCAACCCCCCUAGUCCCUCCCACAGAUCCCCUGAAGCCCCCAGCCCCGACUCCUCCCUCUCACCACCCCCGCAAAGAUGAUCCUCCACCCCCAGUACCUCACCAGCCCCCUUCCUUACCUCCUCAGCCCCACCAACCGUUGCCCCCUCACCAAGUCCACCUCCCGAGCCCCCUAAAUCCCCCGAACGAUCCCCCACCCCCAAUCUACCAUCAUCCCCGAUUGCCCCACUUCCCACCCACUGGCCCCCUCGCAGUUGGUACAACUCUCGCCGCCCCCAUCUGUUCCGUAAGCACUUCAGGCCCCCUUCCCCCCAGUCUCGGUCCCCCCCUGACACUGGGCCCACCGCCCAUUCCCUCAAUUCCACCCCUUCCUCAUCCUCCGAUUAUUCCCCUCCACCUCCCCAACACAGUCCAUUCUAGUCAGCAUCAAUCAAACCUCCUCACCCCCACCCCCAUCACAACAACGAGUUCUCCCUCGACCUAUUCCCAUCAUCCACCACCCCAGACCCUAAAUUCCUACACAACAACAACAAAUUCAAUCCUAGCGAGUGGUACAAUGUCAACGCACGCAGUGCCACCCCCAAAUCCCCCCUCAAAUCAUUCAAAUCACAUCACAACCUGUCACAAAUCACCACCAACACAGCUGAGGAUCAGAGAAACAUUACCACCAUCAGUACCAACGAGUCAAUCAACGACAAUCAGUCAGUCCCAAAUGACCCCAGUGACAACAGUACAGCCGGCAUUUGUUCGGCCAUUCGAGGACUCCUUCAGAGGCUCCACAAAGGCCCCCACCUGGGGCCCAUCUAAUCACACUGUCCAGAGCCAAAUUGGACACAACGACAUGCUGAAAACUGUUGCAACGACAUCCAGUGGUGUGCAGAGUCACCAGGAGUCCGUAGAUAGUAAAACAAGUGUUUAUUCGCACCAGACGAGUCAUCAGACUUAUCAUCAUCCAGCAGCGACGCAAAUUGGGGGUCUCUACAAGCCCCAGGUGUUCACACCCCUACAACUACCCCAGAUCUGCAAGCCUGUACCAUCGAGCAAUGGGGAUGUUCACAAGUUCAGUAUCAAUGGAGGUAAAAUGCACUCGGACAAUGUUGAGGUCAAUCAGAGAAGUAAUGGGACAUCAAUGAGUCCGAUGGAGAUAUCCUCGGUACAGGAGAAAUCAGUCAAUGCGAAUUUUUAUAGUAAUGUCGAGGGUAAUUUAAUGUCUAAACAUAUUGGUAAAGUAUUGGAUAACACCAAGGAUGUGAAGUCAACUGUCAGUGAUGGAGAUGUUUCGAUAAAACAGAUUAAUCACAGAGUUGUAACGUCUGGGGAUAAAUUCAAAGUCAAUAAUGAGGUGAGUGAGGAUGUCAAGGCUUCAGUGAAAGCCGAUUAUAAUGGAAAGGAGGAGACCAAAGUUCCUGAUGUUAUCGGUCCGACACCACCCUCGCUACCUUAUCAGCCUUUCAAGUUCUCUAUCAAUGAUAUCAAUCAUAAGCCAUCAAUGGACAGCCAAAUACUACAGAGCAUUAAAUCAGAGGAGGUACUCAGAACUUGUCAGAACGUAUCCAAUGUACUCCUGCAGAUUCCAAAGUACCAGGAGAAAUUACUUAAUUUCUCGAAUAAUGAGUUCAAGGGCUCCUUUUGCUACACUGACAAGUGCAAUAAUUUAACGGAAAUAACGGUCAAGUGUGAACCACCUGUACUCAAUGUUCCUGAUCCCCGGGGGUUUGCCAGGAGCGAGGAGAGACGGGGAAAUUUUUUGCCUGACAGGGUGAAGGAUAUAACGUCUACCCUGGAUCUCGCUGAGAAGAAGAGGAAGAGGAAGAGAGAGAAGAGCUGUGGAACUAAUCGCAGCUCUGAAUCCGAGGGCGAGGGGGAUGUCAAGGAUACUGAUUUAUGGAUCACCAAGGGUCCACCUGCUAAAUUGACAUUUUCAGAGAAGAAGCUCAACUUCUUGGCGAUUUUUGGACUGACUACAUUAAGCACGAAGAACGAAAUCGAAUUGUGUAAAUUGGAGAAGAGAUAUCGGCUGAAUCCCGAGCCCCCAGAGGUGCCCCUGGACACUUCGGAACCAAUAGUUGAGUCAGUGCUGCCCAUACCUAAGGAUCAUCCUGAUGUAUUGCUCAAUUCCUCAGAUUUCAUGCCGAAAGUUGGAUUUUUGAAGACCAUCGGUUUAGACAUCAUGCCACCGAGCCGAAGAGAUGAAGCGGAAGAGACCUGGCAAUAUGUCCUCAGAGACCGGAAAAAACGCAAGACAAUAAACUCCGUGACAGCGUACUGCGAGCGAUUGGCUAAAGUUUAUUCAAAGACACCGCCAGCGUCUCCGAAGCCCCUUCAAAAAAUGCGCCUUCUCAAUCACAUCAAAGUCAAGUCAACUCCGGAGAGACUACCCCCACUGCCUCCCCUGGUACCAAAUAUUCCUUCCGCGUAUCAUCCGGUAUUACCUGGACGAGGGGAGAAUGGCAUUAAACAACCAUGUAAACUCAUUGAAAUUCAUGAGAAUUGUGAUGAGCGAGAGGAGAUCAGGAACAACUUCACGUGGACCAGUAUUGAGAAUAUUAUGAUUGCUUAUAGAGACUAUUCCAAAGGAAAAUCAUUGGAGAGAAAAAUACUGACUAAUCAAAUGUCAAAGUUGAUAUCUCAAUCGAAUUCACUGCGCUCAGAGGCUAUUCAACUGGAGAGAGUAAGGUAUGAAUUAUUGGCAGCGAGACAGGCGCUCGACAACGAGAGACGAUUGCUGAGUGAAAAAAUUGAGAGAAUUAAUGCACUUGUUAGGAAUCUUAGAUAGCGAUGCAUAACGCACAACACGGAAACUCAUUCAUCUGUGAUAUUAUCGAGGGGGUAAGGGCCGAGGAUGAACCGAAAUAAUUCUCACAAUAAGUCAAAGUACACCUAGUGACCUCAGAAAAACGUUUAAACUUAAAAUGAUUAGCCAAAAUGCAAACGAAAUUUUUUUCCAUUGAUUUUUUAUGGAAAUUCAUUUUAUUGUUUCCAUUCAAUGGGAUAUGGAGAUCUGCUGGUAACAGAGCUGUAGAAAUAUGUAAAAAUUCGAGAGUGCAUAGGACCAUAUCAAGUAUCACGAACAAAUGUAUAAAUUGUACAGACGCCAAUGGAAAUCAAAAAAAUAAUCGUGUUUUCGUCAGAACAAUAACCAGUGAUAUAUUUUUUUGUGUUUGAGUAGACGCAACGGCUCUUACACCCAAAGUUUACUAUUAAUAAUUGUAAUUCGUACGAUAAGAAUAUGAGAACAAGAAUGGGAGAGAGACAUUUCCCAAGCACACGUUGAAAUUUUAUUUUUGGUGGUGAGUGGAAUGAGGAAAUGACGGAAAAUAAUUGACUUUUUUAUUCUGUUGAUUCUCAGUUCGUUUGUACAACUCCUCCAGGUGUUCUAGACACAAAAUUUAAUUUUCGAAAGUCAGUAUUUGAACGGAAUUAUCUUCUAAAUAUUUCUCUUCAUUCCACUCAAUAACUGGAGUAUAUUUUUUUUCGAUAUCUCAAAUACGAAAAACUGAUAACAAUUAACUAUUAUGUCAGUACGAGUUGUACCAGGGGAUUCCUAAGUCUACCAAUUAGUAAGAUAAUAUCGAUAGAAAUAUAUAUUAUAUAGAGACACUGAAUUCGGUGGAAAUGAUGAAAAAUCGAAGAUGGAGCUAUUUAAAGUAUGGGACUUGGUCAUUUUGUACGUCGUCAUUAGUCAGUGACGUAAGAUAUAUCGCAGGACGUAAAAACGAUUCAAACAUAAUUUUUAUACCUCGUGAAUCACUGAAUUAGCGCAUCAGCCAGUAACAAAUAAAUAAAAUUGUGAGAAACAAUUUUAUGUUGAUAACUAGGGAGCCUUGAAUUCACAUUUUGAAUUGAGGGUCAAUUGAGUAUCACAUGGGACAUUGUGUCCUUUGGUUGAUAACCAGGAAGAGUAAAUCAAAUGCUCGAGUUAGAUACUGAGCACAAGGGCCAGUCGAGUGUACGAGAAUUGAAUGAAGAAUAUUUUUUUGAAGAAAAAUCAAAAUAGAAAAUUUCUGUUUUUAGUCUGUUGAUUUUUUCCGAUAAUUUUAGAUAAAAUUCGAAAAAUGAUUAUCUUGGACAUCCAGAGUGAGUGCAGAACAAAAUUACAAGAGUUACUGAGUGCUCUGGAUCUUUAAUGUGGAACCUUUUUAAUUUUUUCUUCGAUUCUAAGGAAGAAACAAUUUUUAAUUGAAAAAUUCACCCUCGAUAAUUCAAUUCUUAUAGUUGGGGAUAUGGUGAAGAUACUUAUAAUUUUACCGUACAAAAUGAAUAACAAAAAAUCAUAAAAGGCACAAUCGAAACUUAUAACGAAAUCAAGGGAACGAAAUGAGAAGUAAAUGAAAAAGUAACUGUAUGCAUGACCUUGAACAUUCCACAAUAGCAUUGCCAUUGGAAAAAGGAUUGCGACGGUGGCAUGGAAUACUGAAUCAAAUUCAUCUCCAUGUUUGUUUCAUUAAUUGAUAUAAUUAAUAAAAUUUAUUUUCACCCCUAGAGCGUGAACAGAAAAUUGCGCAAAAUCAUAUUUUCCAUGUUGUUGGAAAAUAGGGAUAAGCACUCGUGGGAAAAGUCUCCUUUGAUCCGUGGGAGGACAGCGCUCCAUUUGAGCAAGUGUUACACAAGUUCAGGGUUGGGCAACUUGAUAAUGGAUUUUUUUACAUGAGUCAAACAUUGCAAGGGUCACCUCGUGAGGGAUGAAUUUCCACUCGGUAUAUCGAUUAGGGCUAUGAAUAAUGAUCCUUAUGAUGUUUGGCCCUGCGAUGUGACCGAUGUUCGUCCCUCGCGAUGUUCGACCCUUGCACCUGACUCCUCCCCUUUCCCUCUUCUCCUCAUCCGUCUCACCUGUCAAGCCACGAAUAUUGAUAUGGGAAGAAGUAAGAUGUUUUCCUUGCAGCUUCGAGGAAUGCUGCGUAAAUUAUGUCACUAAUAAAGUAUAUAAUUUACGAACCUAGUGUACAUGCCCAACCCUGGACGCCUUCCACAAAACUGACUUGAACCACUUGAACUGACGUUCAAAAUCACAAUUGAACUGAAUGCAGUUAUCGAGUGAUUUCCCUAAUUUUUCAUUUUUUUUUUGAUUGUUUAUUUUAAUUGAGUGCCUAACGCUAUUCUACAUUUGUAAAUAUUCAUUAUUUUUAUGUAUUCACGUGAAUUAGAUUCUACGAAAUGGCAGGAUUACUGAUGUGAGGAUGAGAAUUUUUGUUCAAGAGUUUAGGAGUAAAGAAAAAUAUUUAAAACAU